AUGGAGCUAAUGAGCAAUGUGACUGAAUUCAUCCUGCUCGGCCUGACGCAGAACCCAGAUGUGCAGAAACUCUUGUUCCCUGUGUUUGCAGUCAUCUACUUUUUCACUGUGGCAGGAAACCCACUCAUUGUGGUGACAAUCACCACCAGCAGAGCCCUAGGUUCCCCCAUGUAUUUUUUUCUGUCUUUCUUGUCCUUUAUAGAUGGCUGUUGCUCUUUUACUGUGGCUCCCAAAAUGCUAUUUGACUUACUUGCAGAAAAGAAAACCAUCUCCUUCGGUGGGUGCCUGACUCAGCUUUUUGCAGGGCAAUUCUUUGGGGGAGUUGAGAUCAUCCUGCUCACAGUAAUGGCCUAUGACCGCUAUGUGGCCAUCUGUAAGCCAUUGCACUACACAAUCACAAUGAACAGGCAAGUGUGUGGCCUCCUGGUGGUCCUGGCCUGGACUGGGGGAUUUCUUCACGCACUGAUUCAAAUUCUUUUUUUGGUCUGGCUGCCCUUCUGUGGCCCCAAUGUCAUUGACCAUUUCAUCUGUGACCUUUUCCCUCUGCUACAACUCUCCUGCACUGAUACUCACGUCCUUGGACUUUUUGUGGCUGCCAACAGUGGGCUGAUGUAUAUGCUUAUUUUUUUUAUUCUUAUCACCUCCUUUGCCCUAAGACCUCACAGCACUGAAGGACAGCGGAAGGCUCUCUCUACUUGUGUUUCUCAUGUUACUGUAGUCAUCUUAUUCUUUGUACCCUGUAUAUUUGUAUAACUUCGACCUGUGAUUACCUUCCCCAUUGAUAAAGCAGUGGCUGUUUUUUAUACUAUGGUAAUACCCAUGUUAAACCCUUUAAUCUACACCCUCAGAAACUCAGAGGUGAAAAAUGCCAUGAGGAACAUCUGGAGCCAAAGGGUAAUCUUGGAUAACAAUUCAUGUGACUGCAGAAGAUAA